AUGGAGCCGAACAACGAGCAGGGUGGCGCCGCCUCGUCCAAGCCCACCGCCGACCUCGAAGGCGGCCUCCACGCGAUGCGGCUCGGCGAUCCCUCCUCGCCGCGACUGCAGCCGCACCAGCCUGCGGCCACCUCUUCGCUGCUGCUCGACCCGCAGCAGGUGCUCGCGCCGCCUGCGCCGCCCGUCGAGCGGCCGCCUCCGCACGUGCCCCAGUCCCCGCCGAGAGAGCUCGCGCCGACCGCGACGACGCCCGACAUGCGGCUGCUGCCGCACCAGCACCAGUCACAACCGGAGGCGCGGAGCUACGGCGGCGUCGAGCCCUCCCCAGCCGACCGCAUCCAAAGCAACUUGGGCAACUGGCUGAUCUCGAACGCCCCGGCCGCGCCCACCCCAUCGGUGGCGCCGGAGCGGAGCAAGCUGAGCGCCAGCGCCGAAGCGUUCCACCCCACCUCCAUGCCCAACCUCUCGGUAGUGCAGUUGCCGCAUGCACUCGACGCGUACCACCCAUCCGCCCUUCUCGGAUCGCUGCGCGCUGACGCGGCUCUCUUCCGAUUGACGCGGGAGCAUGUCCGGGCUCGCCUACUUCGCCAAGGCACGUUGGAUGCGUAUCUUCUGAUGUCCCCGGAGUUUUCGCCGCACGUGGUCCGCCUGCUUGAGGAGCGCGACGAGACGAUGCGGCGGUGCGUGCUCGCCAAGGUCAAGCCCUUCGUGCACACGGUCAUGUGGACCCGCGAGGGGCACGCUGUGUUCCGCGAGCUGCUGCGCGCCUGCGAGGGGCGCUUCGACGAGCUCGAGGGCAUCGUCCAGGCCGCGUGCAACCGCAAGGGCUUUCUGAUGAUCGUCGUCCAGCAGAGCCUCGGGGUGAUAGCUCUGAAGGAGCUCAUCAGGGUAGUGGCGCUGAGACCUCAACUGCGCGUGACGCUCCUCACCGCGCUCUUGAAUGAAUGCCUGAUGGAGCAGAGCAAAGGUGAUGUGCUGCUUCACCAUUGCUUCAUCGUUCUGCCUCACGAGGAUUGCAAGACUAUCAUCCAGGUCGCCGUCGCUUCCAUUGACGCGAUGCUAUGUUUUCCGAUGGGGUGCUACUGCCUGUUGGUGUGCUUGUGGAACGCAACAGACGGCGAGCUCCAGGAUCUCGAGGACAAGAUCUUGAGGCGGGUCAGCGUGAUCGCCACGUAUCAAUGCGGCACCAACUUCCUGGAGUAUGCCCUGACGUUCGGCAGCGAGGAGCUCAAGGUGCGCAUCGCGAAGCGCGUGGCGGAGAACAUCGUGGACCUGUCCGGGCACAGGCUGGGCUACUGCGUGGUACAGGCGUGCUUCCGCCUGACGAGGUCCGUCGAGGCGGUGGAGUGCGUGCUCUCCGCGUUCCUGCUCCUGCGCCCCAGCGAGCUGGAGGCGCUGGUGCGAGGCCCGCACUCCAACUCCGUCCUCGCGGCGCUGCUCGACACGGGCAAGCGCUACUCUCCGAAGCUCGCGGAGGAUCUGGCGAAGCGGAUCGAGGCGCUGCCGGCGGCGGUGCUGCAAGUGGAGGAUGCGCAGCUGUGGCUGUUGAUGUGGGUCAUCGAUAGGCUGUUCCACUAG